UUUAUGUCAACAGGUAUUUGCAGGUGUCGCUUUGACGCAGGUGAAAAAAAAAAAUCCGGAAGACAUUUUUGUGAUGUGAUUCAACGCAAAAAUCAAAUUUUGAAACUCGUACACGAGAUUCGCACGAAAAUGUCAAGAACAAUUAUUUUCUUGACAGUUGUCACCUUCGCUUCUUUCACUUCAGUUUUAGGAUUGGAUUGUUACCAGUGCAACUCAACAUUAGAUUCAAAUUGUCAAGAUCGGUUCAACCAUGAUCAAAGUAUCAACCCAAUUCGUUCUACCAAGUGCACAGUGUACAACGCCCAAUACUGCAUCAAGAUCACAGGGGUGUGGGGAGGAAUUGUGGGGACACACCGAUUUUGCAGUGCCCGUGAUUUAGGGGACCAGUGCCAGGAUUUGUCGUACCCUGACCACGAUCGCCUGUAUCGAGCAUGUGUUUACAGCUGUACAAGAGAUGACUGUAACUCGGCUCCCUUGAGGGAAACAUCCAUCAUCUCCAUCAUGUUUUCUCUUUUUGGACUCGUGCUGAUGAAAUUAUACAUUUAGCUCAUUUUUGGUCAAAUUUUAUCAGACAAAUCAAAUAUCUAAAACAGACGUCUACAAAAGAGAAACUUCAAAUGCAAUACUUAAUCGAUAUAGAUUAGCUUUUUUAUACUUGAUUUGUUACUCAGAAGAGGUACAAUAGAAGUAUUUAGAGAAUAUGUACACUAAGUUCAAGCAAAAGGAUCGUCACAUGGGUCCUAAUGUGGAAAUUCCUCGGAUGUUUGACUUGUAAUGGGCCACUCUCAUUGCUGAUAUUUUCAACUCCCUGUCAUCCCUGAGUGGAGAGUGUAUAUAUUUAUGCAUUCAUGUAUUCCAAAUAAAACAAAUUUCUUUUCAUUAUAUGCAUAAGUUUACAAGGAAUAUUAAGGAUCGAAUGGCAGGCAUUAUGUCGAAUAUAUGUUUUUAUAUCAUAUUUAUACAUAUCCAUUUAUAUACGGUCAUUGUUAAAUAAAUCAUAAUCCAUCAAGAGAGAGAGAGAGAGCUUCCAAUGUAAUAGUUUGAUUCAGUGAGAGGUAUACAUGUAUUAUGGACACUGUAAAAUAAUAAUGAAAAUAAACUCCAAAGAAGUGAUAUUCACAUUGUGUACACAUUGUUGAUUCUGUAAAUUAAAAGAUCUGCAUUCAGGACUGCUUUUCUAAGUUGCUAGAACUUGUAACUAAUCACUUUGUAUAUUUAUACAAUGAAAUAUGUUCAAAUCAAAUAACCCCUGGGCCAGAACAGGUUCAAAGUUUUAUAUAUUGAUAUAAAAGGGAAAGUCUUUUAAGUAUUUUCAAUUGAUAUGCAAGCAUCCUUAUGUAGUUUAGACUCCAAGUUUGUCCAUUCCAUGAUUCCUGGGUUCAAGGUCGGGCUUCAAGAGCGAGAUGAGCAUCAUUGGAUUUUAAUGUUUCAUGGGGAAAAAAUGCAGCUAUAGUAGCUCAGGUGGGCAACCUCUCGCUUCUUCUAGCACUCAAUGUUUCCCACUCCAAGUCCUUCAUACAAGGCCAUGUUCAUGGAACAUUGUGCUUUAAAUGUAAUCCAUAAUUUAUGCAGGCUAUAUCGCAAUAUUUUUUUUUUUUAUGAUUUACUGACUGCUCCGCAGUAGAGUUGUGCCAUACUCCAAGACAUCUUGUAUUAAUCAAAGAAUCCCAUCUUAAUACUUGUAUUGGAGUGUAUCAAGACAUUUAUACACUUUGUCAUAGAAGUUUUCUGUAAGUUUAUAGGCAAGCUAACAUUCUACAGAAAUCUGAAUAUUGCGGACUGUUGGUUUGAACCAAUUCGUUAAUUGUGUUGGCUAAAUGCAUGUAUGAAUUAAAGAUGAUUUAAUGUACAUCAAAAUAAAUCUUUGAAAGUAAUAUCUGUUUGAAAAUUCAUGCUGAUUUUUGUGGGAAAUAUGCUUCUCAAUGCUGUUUGUAAAAACAUCUUUCCUAUUGUGUUACAUUUCUAAGUAGAUGUGUAUUUACGACAACGAAGUCUUAUUUUGUGUCUUGUAUUAUAUGAAUAUCUGUCAUAAUUUUUUGACAAGUGUAAAUACUAUGUUGGUGCCUGAUAUCCUCUGUAAUUAAACCGUAUCAAACCUGAA